AUGGAGACACAGAUCGACUCCGAGGGACGAGUCUGGUACGCGGCGUACAGCGUCGAAGAAGUACAGCGGCGGCCCCGGCGUAUGGUCAUCGAUGAACAACCAGUCGCCCUCUGGAUCUGGAAAAACACGCCGUUCGCAGUUGACGCCAACUGCUACCACGCCGGCGGCGCCCUCGAGCAAGCUGUGGAUAUAGAGGAAGUCUCCGGGCAAGCGUGCAUUCGCUGUCCUCUUCACCGCUAUGUGAUUUCCAUAGAAACUGGAGAGUCCUUCUAUCAGCCUGUGGAAUUCGAGAAAUGUCCACAAACGGGGAAGAUGGUACCGGUUCCCCUGCCUUGGAAAUCGAAAGGAGUGAAACAGAGACCACACUUGGCGAAAGUGGAAGGCCAGCGUGUGUGGAUCUCGCUCGUCCCCCGGAAGCAACCUGUCGCCUCCGACAAAUAUGCAGUGGCGACUCUCAAUCGAGAGUAG